GCCACCGUAGCAGCCUCACUCACUGUCGUACUUAUUUAUUUUUGUUUAAGAAGGAACUUUCAGAAGUAGGCAAGCUGCACCACACUAGGAGAAACCAUGGCUCGUCUGGUCGCGGUUUGCAGGGAAGGUGAAGAGGACUACCCAUUUCUGUCCAGACAGAUCCCUUUGUAUAUUGACGAUGGCCUCACGAUGGUAAUGGAGUUUUCUGAUAGUGUCUUGGAGGUUGACAGACCCGAAAUUAACAGCUCUCAUUGGAAACAGUUUUCUGAGUAUCACUCCAAGUUGAAGCAGCAGGACUUGAAUAUUGCCCUCAUGGUGACAUCCAGGGAGGUGUACGGUGCAUUAUCUCAGCUGGUGGCAUGUGUGGGGUGCAGACGAAGUGUGGAGCGCCUCUUCUCUCAUUUAGUGGAAUCGGGCAACCCGGCCUUAGAGCCACUCACAGUGAAACCCACGGGCAUGCUCUCUGUCACCAAGGCCUGUUUGGCAGAUGUGAAGAAACUCUAUACCCUCUUCUAUGUCCACGGGUCUAAGUUGAAUGACAUGAUUGAUGCCAUUCCAAAAAGCAAAAAGAACAAACGAUGCCAGUUACACUCCUUAGACACACACAAACCUAAACCUUUGGGUGGAAGCUGGAUGGAUGUGUGGGAGCUGAUGUCUCAGGAGUGCAGGGAUGAGGUGGUCCUCAUUGAUAGUGCCUGUCUCCUAGAGACGCUGGAGACAUACUUGCGUAAACACAGGUUUUGCUCUGACUGUAAGAAUAAAGUGCUACGGGCGUACAACAUCCUGGUUGGAGAAUUGGACUGCACUAAAGAGAAGGGCUACUGCGCUGCCUUGUAUGAGGGACUCUGCUGUUGCCCCCAUGAACGCCACAUCCAUGUGUGCUGUGAGACCGACUUCAUUGCUCACCUCCUCGGCCGGGCAGAGCCUGAGUUCGCAAGCGGCUUUGAACGCAGAGAGAGACACGCCAAGACAAUCGACAUUGCACAAGAAGAAGUCUUGACCUGUCUGGGUAUUCACCUGUAUGAGCGGCUGCAUAAGAUCUGGCAGAAACUACGAGCAGAGGAGCAGACCUGGCAAAUAUUGUUCCAUUUGGGAAUUGAUGCACUACGCAAAAGUUUUGAGAUGGCAGUGGAGAAGAUGCAGGGGAUCAGUCGGCUAGAGCAGUUCGUCGAGGAACUGUCUGAGGAGGAGAGGGCCAAAGAGCUGAAACAGGAGAAAAAGAGACAAAAGCGAAAAAAUCGACGCAAAAACAAGUGCGGCUUUGAACUGGAGGCAGAGGACAAGGAGAAAAAUCUGGAUGAGGGUUCUCUUGAGUCUAUGAAGGGUAGCUGCAACACCUGUGCUAGACAUGGUGAAGAGAAGGAGGAGGAGGCCGGCAGCGAAGAGAGUGUCGCCCCCAGCACAGGCCCAUCCUGUAGCUGCCCGGACAACACCAAACAAGAUUUAUCCCCCCUCAUCAAUGGUAGUGACUGGGGUUACUCAAGUAUGGAGGGCAGCGAGAUGGGAUCGCGGGAAGGAUCUGACGUUGCCUGCUCUGAGGGAAUCUGCAACCAUGACGAAGCAGGAGAGGACACAAAUGGCCACUGUGCUGAAGACAAGGAGGAGGAUGUAAUAGACAGCUGUGUGGACUUCUGGCCACAACCUGAGGAAAAGACUCAGUGCAAGAGUAAAAAGAAGAAAAAGAAGGGCAAAGGUUUAUGCAGCAAACAGGGAAAAAAAGGUGGAGGUUGUAUGUCAGAUGGGAACAAAACGGGCCACAAUCCGUCAUCACACACUUGCCGAACCAAAGAAAUCUUUUCCUCCUUAUGUGGCGAUACGUUUGCCAGCAUUGCUAUACGGCUACCAUGGACGGUACAUCAGAAGAACCUCAGCCUUAAUGCAAGGUCUCCAGAGGCAAACAGGACUCUUGUAGAACUUCUGGAUGAUUCUGAAGCGACUUCAGAUGAAGAAGACUUUCUGACAGAGGAUGAAAUCCAGUCAUUUUUAGAAAGAAACCAGUCCUUCUACAGCAACCGUCACCAGUAUCGACAGCUCCUGAAAGAGAAAUUCACCAACUACUGCCAUGCCACUGAGAGAAGUAAGCCAGUCUGUGGCAAGUGGUUUGCCACCACCAGUGUCAACUAGCUGCACUAAUGACAUCUUCCCCUGGGAAAAACACUCACGACCACUGGUGCAACAUCUUUAGAAAAGAUAAAAAUUCUGAAGUACAUUUGUUGUCUUGUUCGGUCAUUUUUUUCCUUUUUAAAGUCAAUGUGAUUCUUAUUUUCUAUUGAUCAUUUCUCUCUCUUUUACACGUGUACACCAACACACUUUUCCAUCUCAUCUCUUGGCCACGUUCUCACCUGUAAUUGUUCUCUUUGACCAAGCCUAGCUAUUUGUUGUUGGUCUUCUGUAGGUUGUUGGGUAAGAGCACAGUGGAAUUUGUAAUCAAGCUUUGCAAGCUGUGACAUUAGGAAUACAUUUUAGGAGUCUUACUUCAUGUUUUCUUUUUCUUUCUUUUUUUAUGUUUUGUUUCUACCAUAUUUUGUUUCUUUUUGGUGACACUUCAGUGUAGUGGUAAAGGUUGUACCAUUAAAUGUGUACAGGAAUUCUAAAUAUAAAGAUUUUACAGAGAAUAAACAUCCAUUUGUAAUAAGGAUUUGGGUGUGAUGCUAAGAGCGCAAAAUUUACUAAAUAAAAAAUAUUUAUUAAUAUGCAUUAUA